UCUACAUGACAACCACUUCACAUGGAUAAAAAACUUCAGUCGUGCAUGUGAGAAUAAGAACAAGCGGGCAACACACUACUGCUUGCGAUGCCUCUCCGCACACAAAACAGCAGACUCCCUGCAGCAUCACAGCGAGAGAUGUCAGGUGAUGAAGCCCGUGCCAGUCGUCAUGCCCACAGCAAAGGACAGCAUCCUCAAAUAUACAAAUUUGAAGCACAGGAUGGUGGCUCCAUAUAUCAUUUACGCUGAUACGGAGGCCAUCAUUGAGCCGAUGGAGGAACAGCAUGGCAGCAGCACUGUACGCACAGCACGUCACGUGCCAUGCAGCAUCAGAUAUGCUGCCAUCCGAUCCAACGGUGAAGUCCGGGGCGAGUUUGACGACUGCAGUGAGAAUGCCAUUCACAACUUUUUCGACAGUCUCAAAGAGUUGGAAGGCAGUAUCCAGGAGGAUUUGGCUGAUAUCAAGCCAAUCCGCAUGACAGCAGAACUGGAGCUUGAGUUUCAGAACGCAGUCAACUGCUGGAUAUGUGACGAAGUACUUGGAGAAGAUCGUGUUCGUGAUCAUGAUCAUCUCACUGGCGACUAUCGUGGUGCUGCACACUACCAGUGUAAUAUUCAGCUGAGUAUCUACCCAGAUCGCCAGAUCAUUCCGGUUGUGUUUCACAACCGGAAAGGGUAUGAUGCCCACCACCUCAUCGCCCACAUUGGUAUGACCGAGGUUGAAGAGGUGGAGUACGAGGAUUCUAACCAGCCAUUUGAGUCUAGUUUGACUGGAGAAGGUAUCAGUGAUGCCGACUAUGCCCAUGCUCAGAACGUAUGGCAGGUAAGCAGCUUGUGCCUUCUGUAUUGA